AUGGCUUCUUCGAGCACCCCAACCACGACUGCGGCGGCGACCACAGCGGCGCCGUCGCCUGGAGCAGUGGCCAUGGCGACCAAACCCAAGCUCCACGGCCGCGCUUUCUACGAGAGCAUCGGCAGUCCCAAGUUUGUCGUCGCCCCCAUGGUCGACCAAUCCGAGUUCGCCUGGCGCAUGCUCACACGAUCCUUUAUGACCCCGGCCGAGAACGCAAAGCUGCUUGCGUACACGCCCAUGUUCCACGCCCGUCUCUUCGAGGAGACCACCAAAUAUCGAGAGUCGCAUUUCCAGGCCACGCGGCCAGCGCCGCCCGUCAAGAAGGGCGAACCUGAGCCCCCAGUAGACACCGCGCCCUGGCUCGACGGGAACACCGCCUUCGAUCGUCCCCUCACCGUACAGUUCUGCGCCAACGAACCGGCCCACCUCCUGGCCGCUGCCCAGCAUGCCGCACCCUACUGUGAUGCUGUCGAUCUGAACCUGGGCUGCCCUCAGGGCAUUGCGCGGAAGGGUCACUAUGGCGCAUUCUUGCAAGAAGACCAGGAGCUCAUCUACAAGCUCAUCAACACACUGCACGUCAGCCUGCCCGUCCCCGUUACGGCCAAGAUCAGGAUCCUCGAAGACAAGGAGAAGACGCUAGCCUAUGCCAAGAAUGUGCUGGCUGCUGGCGCCAGCAUCAUUACUGUUCACGGCCGGAGAAGGGAACAGAAGGGCCACCUGACGGGCGUUGCCGACUGGAGCUACAUACGUUACCUGAGAGAAAACCUGCCCAAGGAGACCGUCAUCUUCGCCAACGGCAACAUUCUGCAGUACGGAGACAUCGAAAAGUGCUUGGAAGCCACUGGUGCCGAUGCGAUCAUGAGCGCCGAGGGCAACCUCAGUGAUCCAUCCAUCUUCGCCAAGCCGCCUGCCGAGGGUGAAGAAGGCAGGGAGUACUGGCGUGGGAAAGAUGGAAAGGGCGGUUAUCGGGUCGAUGCCGUCUUCAGGCGUUACAUGGACAUCAUCCAUAAAUAUGUCCUACAGCAUGAUCCACCCACCAGAAGACCAUUGUUCGUUGUUGGUGACGACGAAGGCUGGCUCCGCGAGUCUGGUGGUGCCGAAGAAGCAGAGGAAGGCCCGGCAAGGAAGAAGAGGAAGAAGGACGGCGGUCCCAGGCUGGAGAGAUGCGUCGACCCCAACCUGGUAGCCAUGCGUCCUCAUUUAUUCCACGUCCUACGGCACUUCAUCUCCAAGCACACGGAUAUUCGGGACGCCCUCGCCAAGAGCCGCCCCGGAGACGUGGCUGCUUUCGAGAACGUGCUCGAGAUGGUAGAGCGCCGGGUCGCCGAGGGCCUGAUCGAGUACGAGAAGACCGGCGGCAAGAGCGCCGAGGAGGAGCCCGAGACGCAACCGGCCACCUCCGAGGCCGUCGCGGCGGAAGACGCGGGCGCCGAAGAGGAUCCCGAGAGCUCGGCCGCCACGGUGAAGGCGUGCAAGCGGCCGUGGUGGGUGGCCCAGCCCAUCAUCCGACCGCUGCCCAAGGAGGCACUGGCCAAGGGCGCCCUGAGCCUGAGCAAGAAGGACAAGAAGAAGCUGGAGGAAGAGGAGGCAGCAGCGGCCGCGGCAGCGGGGUCGGCCGGCAAGACUGCGGCCGAGCAGGAACUGCCCGCGCCAGACGGCACAGAUGGCGUCAAGGAGCCCAAGAUGGACGACAAGCAGAAAGGCCUCACGAGCGAGGAGCUCGUUUGUGGAUAG